GCUGGGAAGUAAACAGGGAGGGAGGGGAGUGGCGGGGCAGGAGAGGCCCGAGCCUUGGGUGACGGAGCGUUGGGGUUGGUUUCGCUGGAGGGAGCUGAUGUGGCCGGAGCGGAGGCGCCAGUGUGGCCCGAGCCCCGGUUGAUGCGAAGCGCCGCAGGGAGCCGCCAGACUAAUGAGAGAUGGCUUUGAAAAGACCUGAAGACAUCAAACAUGCUAUCCCAAAUUAGCUUGCAUAUGAAUGAAACGAGGAAGGAAAACUAAUGAGGCCAACAGCAGUUCAUCUGAAGAGACAACUGAAAAAGAAUCCAAGAGACACAAGGUUAUAGAUGAGAAAACCAUAGUUGUGCAGAGUCCAGACUGGGCGAACCUGCUUCAAGACAUUAUCCUGCAGGUGUUUCAGUACUUGCCCCUUCUGGAUCGUGCUCAUGCAUCACAGGUCUGCCGAAGCUGGAACCAAGUGUUUCAUAUGCCUGAUCUCUGGAGGUGUUUUGAGUUUGAACUGAAUCAACCAGCUACGUCUUACUUGAGGGCUACGCAUCCUGAACUAAUCAAGCAAAUAAUAAAGAGGCAUUCCAAUCACCUGCAGUAUGUCAGCUUCAAGGUGGACAGUAGCAAGGAAUCUGCAGAAGCUGCUUGUGAUAUUCUGUCGCAGCUUGUGAAUUGCUCUCUGAAAACACUUGGGCUCAUUUCAACUGCCCGGCCAAGCUUCAUGGAUUUACCAAAGUCUCACUUUAUUUCUGCACUGACAGUCGUGUUUGUAAACUCCAAAUCCCUCUCCUCACUUAAGAUUGAUGAUACACCAGUGGAUGAUCCAUCUCUCAAAGUGCUAGUGGCUAACAACAGCGACACACUCAAACUGUUGAAAAUGAGCAGUUGUCCUCAUGUUUCUCCAGCUGGCAUCCUUUGCGUGGCUGACCAGUGCCAUGGCUUACGUGAGUUGGCGCUGAACUACCACCUGCUGAGUGACGAGCUUCUGCUUGCUUUGUCUUCUGAAAAACAUGUCAGGUUAGAACACUUGCGCAUUGAUGUUGUCAGUGAAAAUCCUGGACAGACUCAGUUCCACACGAUUCAGAAGAGCAGCUGGGACGCUUUCAUCAAGCAUUCUCCUAAAGUAAAUUUAGUAAUGUACUUCUUCUUGUACGAGGAAGAGUUUGACCCAUUCUUUCGUUAUGAAAUACCUGUCACUCACCUUUACUUUGGAAGAUCAGUAAGCAAAGACGUACUUGGCCGCGUUGGGAUGACGUGUCCUCGGUUAGUGGAACUGGUGGUGUGUGCCAACGGACUGCGGCCACUGGAUGAGGAGCUGAUCCGUAUCGCAGAACGUUGCAAGUAUCUGUCAGCCGUCGGCCUAGGAGAAUGUGAAGUCUCUUGCAGUGCCUUUGUUGAGUUUGUGAAGAUGUGUGGCGGUCGUCUCUCUCAGCUUUCUAUUAUGGAGGAAGUUUUGAUUCCUGAUCAGAAAUACAGCUUAGAGCAGAUUCACUGGGAAGUUUCAAAGCAUCUCGGUAGAGUCUGGUUCCCAGACAUGAUGCCCACAUGGUAAAGUCCUUAAAAAAACUUCAGGGCACAUGGAAUAGCACCUUAAACCCAAGCUUACCAUAUUGCAAUUUACUGUAUAAGCUUAUUUAAUACUAUAGUUUCUAAUGUAAGUUACUUCAUUGUUUGAUUAGAAAAUUUUUCAUUCAAAAAUGAUUUAUGAAAUCCCAGUUCAGAAGUAGAAGUUGUGGAUAGCUCCUUCUUCAUCCAAACAGAAAUCUGUUUUCUGUUUUAGAUGUCUUGUUCAUUGACAGUGACCUCAAACUUUUAUGGAAAUAAAAAAUGUAUUUAAAAUACUGGAAUGUACCUUCAAAACAGCAGUUUUAAUAUGCUGUCCUUCUUUGAUUCAGAUACUAGUAGUAAACACAAUCAGAUUUGAUCUUAAAAAACCAAACAGAACCCCACCAAAACUGCACGCUUCUGUUGCAGACCAGCGCAUUUCUAAAUCCAGUCACCUGGAUGACAAGAUAAAGAUUAUAAGGAGUAUUUAGUAGGCUGUGAAAUAUACAUGUUCUUUUCUAUAAAAGUCAUAAAAGGCAAGAGCAAUACACAAUAAUGUAGUUUAGACAAUUAAAAUAUCAAGUUUGCUACCUUAUUCAACAGAUUAUUAGAUCCAUCUAAAAUGUAUUUAGAGUGCAGAGAAAUAGUAGUGCGAGCUACCAAAAGUGAUGUGGUUUGUUUUCCCUCUAUGCAUUUUAACAUAGUUUGCUUAUGGGGUCUCAGAUCUGUGUCUAAACCUGUUUUAAGGUAUUUUAUGUCUAGCUCAGGAAGCGAAAGCAUUCUGGGGAAAAAUGUAGAUACAUUGUAUUUAAAAACACAUUGGAGUUAAUGAGCAUUUCUUGCACAUUAACCGGGUUUGCAGCAUAAGGUUAGAUGGAAUAAUGUAUAGUUUCUUAAAUAUGAUGUGAACAGCAUAAGACAAGGAAGUUAAAAUUUGAAUGGUGACCAAGAACCUUUUAACAAAACCUUAGAUCUUUUGGCUGCUUUCAGUUUGAGAGAAUGACAUUAUAACAGUUGCUUAAGCUGUAUAAACUAAUUGUAUACUGUAAAUCUGUUUCAGAGAUGUUUAUGUAUAAAGUGAAUGUUUGAUAGAUGAUCAUUUUAUAUACCUUUAAUUCAGCUAGUUCGAUCAUUUCAUAAUAUUUAAAAACCUAAAAGCAGUAAACUUGCGUGAAGUAGAGGAAUAGGCAAAAUUUUGUUUUGAAUACAUGGUAAAUCAGUUUUAUUAAAGAAAGUUUUUAGUCUGUAAGUGGUGUGUAGGCACCAUAUUGCCUGUGAUCUGGAUGUGGCUUGUGACUUCAUUUCUUACUGCCAACAGUUACAUUAUUUUCUGUCUUAGAUUAUUCAUUGGUUAACACUAUAAAAUAUUCAUGUGACUGCUGAAUGUGUUCGAAAGGUGUGCUCAGCCACCAGCAAGGCAAAGCUCCUCCAGUUGUGGGCUGUACUGAACUUAACUAGUGGCUGCUUCUCAUUUGAGCUGUACAGCUGCUUCUGUAGAUUUUCUUCAUUUCUGAUUUCAGUAAUGUUUAUCCAAAUGUAUAGUUGAAGUGUAAUACACUUAUGAGCAUAUUUAAGUUCAUAACUAUAUUUUGAGCAAACAUUGCUCGACAGACUGGACAUCUUUAUAGGGGAGUCAAAUGUUUCUGUAGAGCUUUGAUUUAAAAAUCACAUUUUAUGAAAUAGGUAUUUUUUUGUAUUAGAAUUUGUUAUAUUAAUGUAACACUAUAAUUUGCUUUUAUUUGUAUAAAAUGUGUCAAUAUAUUUAAUCUGUAAAAGUAAAAAAGCUCAGUGUUUUUUAUAUUCUGACUCUGAACUACCUACGAGAUAAAAGUGGAGUAAGACCAGCAAUUUGGGGAAGACGACACAUUUUCACUAAAUUAAUGUGUGAAAUAAUCUUAUUAGUAAUGUAGCUAAAACCUCUUUGGACCUUGACCGCUGCUGUCUGACAUUGCCUGGGUAUGCUGAUCUGUCACUUAAUGGCAUGGUGGUAGGAAUAACUGCAAGGCAAGACCCAGCCUCCAUGCCUGAGCCUCCUCACUUUUGAAGUUCACAGCUUUGAAACCCAGCGUUCUGUCAGGCCCUGAGGGGGGAACAUGUCAGCAGCUGUAGGCUUUACACUCAGUUGUAGUAGAACUGCUUCCCCACAAGGUAACUGGCUGUCCUCUUCUGAGAAGGGCUCUGUUUUACUGCACAGACUUCAAAAAGCCCUUCAUCGAUGCAACACAGUAUCAUAACAGUUAGCAAAAUGUGCAAGGAUAAGAAAACCACUUGAAAACAGCUGUGUCUCUCUUGCACUGAAGACCUGCAGGUUUUAUACAUCAAACUGAUUACAGUGUCCUUAGCUUGAAUAAUUUGGCCAUAAAACAAACUCCCCAAGUAAGUUUAUAUUCUAAAUAGUUUCAGGAAAAGCUACAAUGCUCCUUUUUAGCAGAUCUUGUACAUUUUCUUAAUUUGGCUUCUACACAUGUUGGAACAAAUUAAUAAU